AUGAUUUUCUGCAUUUUUGACAGAUGGUGUAUCAUCCAGUUGAUUUUGAUAUUGAUGAUUUCUUAUCCAGAAUUCAGGGAAACAAACCUCCUUUUAUCAUACAGUUAUAUGCAAAAACAUAUGCUUAUUCAUCGCCCUCCCGCUCCAAUAGACAUCCCUGGACCAUUUGUAUGCGAUGAUAAUUGCAGUGAUUCCAAAUGUGCAUCUACUCUGCAGAUCACCACGGAUCAGAUUGGAAAGACAUCUUUGUUUUUCAGUAGCUCGACGGGAAACUUUAGCCCACAAAAGACCAAGACGCCUAUGAUUUUCACUGAUGCUCAUACUUCAGUGGUUUUCGAAGCAUCUUCGACUACUAGAGGUCGCACAUUCCGCUGUAAUAUAUAUGUCCCUUUAACUAUUCGCCUGCAAAAUGUGGCGAACCUAGGCGAUGAACAGAAUUCCUGCAUUUCAAAGAAAGCAUUACCCACUCUGGAAAGCAAUUCUAAUAACAAAAGACCACCUUUCAGUCGGGCUAAGAUACCACACUCUAAAAACAAGUAUCGGGGCAAAAACAGUAGAACUUCUUCAGACACAGCAAAGUUUCCAGAAAGGUUUGAUUUUGAGUCCUUGGAGAAAAAAGGCACCUUUCCCACAGAUGGCGCAGAAAAAGACACUGCUACAGAAACACCGAAAGCAGUUUAUUCAAUUGAUUCAGAGUUUUCUAUCCGUAAACCUAUCAGUUUGAGAGAGAAUUCAGGUUAUAUUCGCUUCAUCGAAAAAACAGCAGAUGAAUUGGAUGAAGUUGUCGAGUAUGACUUAGAUGAGGAGGAUAUUUUCUGGCUUGAAAGGAUCAAUGCGAAGCGUAAAAGUCUAUCACUUUCACCUGUCACUGAGUCUACCUUGGAAUGGAUUAUGGACAGAUUUGAAAAAAAGGCUAGAUUCAGAUUAUUUUCAUCCAGUGGUUGUGAGACAACCGAUGCUCUACCUGAUAUUGGUGGCAACCAAUCAGGUAUUGAUGAAGACGCUGUAUGUGCUGUGUGCCAAGAUGGAACUUGUGAAAAUACAAAUGUGAUAUUAUUCUGUGAUGUUUGCAAUUUGGCUGUUCACCAAGAAUGCUACGGAGUUCCUUAUGUUCCUGAAGGUCCCUGGCUUUGUCGUAAAUGCUUGCAUUCACCAAGUGAACCAGUUUCAUGUGUUCUGUGUCCAAACAGAGGUGGUGCUUUCAAAAAAACUACUGAUGAUAGAUGGGCUCAUGUAAUAUGUGGAUUAUGGGUACCUGAAGUAAUGUUUGCUAACCUCACAUUCCUCGAACCACUUGAAGGCAUAGACAGGAUAGCACCAGCCAGAUGGCGUCUUCAGUGUUUCAUAUGUAAACAACGCAAUGUUGGUGCUUGUAUACAGUGUCAUAAAUCCAGUUGUUAUCGAGCAUUUCAUGUGACCUGUGCACAACAAGCUGGAUUGUAUAUGAAAAUUGAACAUACAGAUGAUCCUGGAGAUUCUGGAAUCCGAAAGAGUGCAUUUUGUGAUCAACAUUGUCCACCAGAUCAUUUUUCGAGUUCAAAUAAAGGAAUGUAUGCUCACUCUGAUUCUGAAAGUCCUCAGUCUCCUGAACAAGCAGUUCGAAUUCAUUUACGAAAAGCUCGUAAACUUUUAGCAGAACGUAGAAAUUCUAAACCUUCUGUUUGUGUUCCUAUUGUUUCGAAAGCGAAAAUGGAUCUUAUUCUAUCCAAAUUGUCUGGCGUAUCCGGAGAUAAAAUGGAAUUUUUAAAGCAAACUUAUGCAUUUUGGAAACUUAAAGAGAAUUUAGACGUGGUAAAUGCGGCUAGUUUCGCUGUUGCAGCUACAACUGGAGAUGCUGAAUCACAACGAAUGAAAGGUCAUUUAAAAUUCUGGCAACAAUUACGUCAAGAUCUUGAAAGAGGACGUCUUCUUUCUGAGCUUACACGUAAACGUGAGCGUAUUAAACGAGAUAUAUUUCGUUUAUUUGUGGCUGAAAUUGAACUGAGUAUCAAACCGUUAGUAAUUUUUCAGUUACGAUUUAUCGAUCAACUUCAGGCAUUGGAUACAAAUCAGUUUUUCGCUGAACCUGUUCAUCCAAGUUUAGCACCAGAUUAUGCAUUAAUCAUCAAAAAGCCUAUGGAUUUUUCUACAAUGCGUAAAAAGAUUGAGAACUUUGAAUAUUCCACAAUGGAAGCCUUAUUAUUGGAUUUUGAUUUGAUGUUAGACAAUUGCUUUGAAUAUAACCGAGAGACUAGUAUUUACUGUAUAUCCGCUUUAAAAAUACGUGAACAGAGUAAACCAAUUAUAUCUGAAGCCUUAGCAACAGCGAAGCAAAUCAGUUUCUGCCCGAAAACAGGACUUCUUCUAGAUAAUGUACGUGUAAAUAGUGAAGUUGCUGAGCAAUCUUUUCAUCAAGAUAAUAUUGAAAAUUCAUCCUCAAAAGCAAACGAAAACUGUUCACAGUCUAUUCUUUUAACCAAUCAAGGCUAUGAUUAUAGGAAAAAAUCAACGAACUCUCCAGCUUCAUUUCAUUUAUCGUCUUCACAAAGAUCAUCUAAAUGUUCAUUGGUGAAUGAAAGAGUGCAUAGUCCUCUCAAAGAACUAGUGAAUUGUGAUCAAACGUCUUCAGUUCCUGGUAGUAUACGAAGUCGAUUAAGAAGUUUUCAUUCACCACCCACAACUCCGUCACCAAUAUCAACAGUAGCAACAACAACACCGCAUACAUCACCUCUACCUAUUACUUCAAAUGGAAAUUCUAUAUAUGUUUCAUUUAAUUGUGAAAAAAAUAUGAACUCAUCACUUCUACCUCGAAAACGCCGUUACUCUUCAACCAGUGGGGACAGAAAAUUUCAAUUCUCUCCUACUUUAUUCACUGGAGAUGGUCGAAAAUCUACAAAAAUGGCACGAAUGCAAAUCAACUCUCCUGGAAAUGCUUUUGCACAAGCAUACGCUAAUUCAGCAAACUGUUUUGAAAAUCUGGUUAGAUCACCUAAACUCAACGAAGGUGUUAAUUGUAAAUUGAAUCAUUCCAGUCUUUCAACUGAUGACAACUCUACUUGUUUCUUAAGUCGUCAAGUUGGGAUUAGUCGAGCUACAAAUGAGCUGAAUGGAUUAAUAACUUCGCGUAAUGGACCUGCAUUUACUCGUUAUCGAACUGGUCGUUUAUCACGUGGUGAUGACGAAGAUGAAGAAGAUGACAGUGAGGAAACUGAUGAAGAUGAAAGUGAUGAUGCAUGUAUUACUUAUUCAAACAUCCAUGUAUCUUCUGCUAAUUCACAUCAUGAAUCCGAACGUUCUAACUACAAACAACAACGCUCAAAACAGGAUACAGAAGUGGAAUCUGUGACAAAAUCUACAGUUACUACCACAAAGGUAACAACAACUGUGGUUGGUGCCAGUCGAAUGGCUUUCGCUCACAAACGUGCUACUGUCAAUCGACUGAAAUCUGCUUAUCGGUUCAAAGCAAAACAAGUAUCUGGGAAUAUCAGAAGGUGUGGGCCCAGGCGGCCAGAAUUACCACUGAAAACAUUUGACAAUCAUAAUCCUAUUCACAACGCACAACCUAAUGUAUCAUCUUCUAUUCCUAUUUCUUUCUCUAAUCCACAUGUAAUAUCAAAUUCUGAUACAUUGUUCACAAAGUUUCUACCCAACACUAAUCUUAAAUCAAAUAGUAUCCAACGAGAUAAUAACGUUUGUAACGAUAAUGUUCAGUCAGUUUCCAAUCAUAUUAACUUGCCUUUGGAUAAUGAAUAUGAUGCAAAAAUGCAUGGUAGUACAGAUCUGUUGUCAGUGUCCUCGAAUGUUGAAACCUAUUACUCUAAUAAUUCCAAGACAACACGAAGUCCUUUAUCACGUGUCUCUUCACGAGGUAGUAUUGGAGAUGACAUGUUUUCUGAACAUCGAUUCAAUUCUUUAGAUAUUGUUUGGGCCAAAUGUUUGGGAUCACCAUGGUAUCCAGCUAUAAUUGUUGAUCCAGAUGCAACCGAAGGUUAUUCACACAACGGUGUUCCUAUCCCUCUACCUCCAGAAUCAGUACUCAAAUGGGGCAAACGUAUUGCCUCUAAUAAUUCCAGCAAUGAUUUUGAACUUUUACUUGUCCUUUUCUUUGAUACGAAACGCACAUGGCAGUGGCUCAGUCCUCAGAAACUUCAACCUCUUGGAAUUAAUAAAGAACUCGACUGUGAAAGGUUGCGAGAAGGAAGGAAAAGUAAAAUGAAGCAUUCGGUAACGAAAGCUUACCGUCGAGCUGUAGAACAUAUAUGUAAAGUACAUGGAAGACCUUAUCCGUAUACAGAUGGAAAAUCGACAGAUAUUGCUGUUUUUAUCCUGUAA